GGCAGCUCUUUGUUUCAGCCCCCCUUCACUAGCCUGCUGCCCCCCCUCCAACUCUUCCCUCCGAUCCCUCCGCCCCUUGCUCUCCGCCUAGUCUUUUCCCCUCCCAGCUGCCUGCCUGCCUGCCAGGGGUAGUGAGCCGGCUGAGCGGCAUGGAGUCGCUAGAACUUCGGGGGGCCUUGGCUUUCCUCCUCCUCUGCUCUUUCGCGUCUGCCAGUCAGGACCUGCAGGUAAUUGACCUGCUGACUGUGGGCGAGUCCCGGCAGAUGGCGGCCGUGGCAGAGAAGAUCCGGACAGCUCUCCUUACUGCUGGGGACAUCUACCUCUUGUCCACCUUCCGCCUCCCUCCCAAGCAAGGCGGCGUCCUCUUUGGCCUGUAUUCUCGUCAAGACAACACACGAUGGCUGGAAGCUUCUGUUGUUGGGAAGAUCAACAAAGUACUGGUGCGGUACCAGCGGGAGGAUGGCAAAGUUCAUGCAGUGAACCUACAGCAAGCAGGCCUGGCCGACGGACGCACACACACGGCUCUCCUGAGGCUCCGAGGACCAUCUCGACCUAGCCCUGGCCUGCAGCUCUAUGUGGACUGCAAAUUGGGUGACCAACAUGCCGGCCUCCCAGCACUGGCCCCUAUUCCUCCAGCGGAGGUCGGCGGGCUGGAGAUUAGAACUGGCCAGAGGGCUUACCUGAGGAUGCAGGGCUUUGUGGAAUCAAUGAAAAUUAUCCUGGGUGGGUCCAUGGCUCGAGUAGGAGCCCUGAGCGAGUGUCCCUUCCAAGGCGACGAGUCCAUCCACAGUGCAGUGACCAGUGUGCUGCAGUCCAUUCUAGGGGAGCAGACCAAGGCGCUGGUCACCCAACUCACCCUCUUCAACCAGAUCCUGGUGGAGCUGCGGGAUGACAUCCGAGACCAGGUGAAAGAGAUGUCCCUCAUCAGAAACACCAUCAUGGAGUGUCAGGUGUGCGGCUUCCACGAGCAGCGUUCCCACUGCAGCCCCAACCCCUGUUUCCGAGGCGUGGACUGCAUGGAAGUGUACGAGUAUCCGGGCUACCGCUGCGGCCCCUGCCCCCCGGGCCUGCAGGGCAACGGGACCCACUGCGCUGACAUCGAUGAGUGUGCUCAUGCUGACCCCUGUUUCCCGGGCUCCAGCUGCAUCAACACCAUGCCUGGCUUCCACUGUGAGGCCUGUCCUCAAGGGUACAAGGGCACCCAGGUGUCCGGUGUGGGCAUCGACUAUGCUCGGGCCAGCAAACAGGUCUGCAGUGACAUUGAUGAAUGCAGUGAUGGCAAUAACGGAGGCUGUGACCCGAACUCCAUCUGCACCAACACUGUGGGCUCUUUCAAAUGUGGACCCUGUCGCCUGGGUUUCCUGGGCAACCAGAGCCAGGGCUGCCUCCCAGCAAGGACGUGCCACAGCCCAGCCCACAGCCCCUGCCACGUGCACGCUCACUGUCUCUUUGAACGCAACGGGGCGGUUUCCUGCCAGUGUAAUGUGGGCUGGGCAGGAAACGGGAAUGUGUGUGGGCCUGAUACAGACAUCGAUGGCUACCCUGACCAGGCCCUGCCCUGCAUGGAUAACAACAAACACUGCAAGCAGGACAACUGCCUCUUGACACCUAACUCUGGGCAGGAAGAUGCUGAUAAUGACGGCGUGGGGGACCAGUGUGACGACGACGCUGAUGGGGAUGGGAUCAAGAAUGUUGAGGACAACUGCCGACUGUUCCCCAACAAGGACCAGCAGAACUCGGAUACAGACUCGUUUGGCGAUGCCUGUGACAACUGCCCCAACGUUCCCAACAAUGACCAGAAGGACACAGAUGGCAAUGGAGAAGGAGACGCCUGUGAUGACGAUGUGGAUGGGGAUGGCAUUCCCAAUGGAUUGGAUAAUUGCCUCAGAGUGCCCAACCCACUACAGACAGACCGGGAUGAAGAUGGGGUGGGAGAUGCUUGUGAUAGCUGCCCUGAAAUGAGCAACCCUACCCAGACAGAUGCAGACAGCGACCUGGUGGGAGAUGUCUGUGAUACCAAUGAAGACAGUGAUGGGGAUGGGCAUCAGGAUACCAAGGACAACUGCCCACAGCUGCCCAAUAGCUCCCAGCUGGACUCAGAUAAUGAUGGACUUGGAGAUGAGUGUGACGGGGACGAUGACAACGAUGGUAUCCCAGAUUAUGUGCCUCCAGGGCCUGAUAACUGUCGCCUGGUAUCCAAUCCUAACCAGAAGGACUCCGAUGGAAAUGGCGUUGGUGAUGUGUGCGAGGAAGACUUUGACAAUGAUGCAGUGGUUGACCCCCUGGAUGUGUGUCCUGAAAGUUCCGAGGUGACCCUCACGGACUUCCGGGCCUAUCAGACCGUGGUCCUUGAUCCCGAGGGUGACGCUCAGAUUGACCCUAACUGGGUGGUGCUCAAUCAGGGCAUGGAAAUUGUUCAGACCAUGAACAGUGACCCUGGCCUGGCAGUUGGGUACACAGCCUUCAACGGGGUGGACUUUGAAGGCACAUUCCACGUGAACACGGUCACUGACGACGACUACGCAGGUUUUCUCUUCAGUUACCAGGACAGCGGCCGCUUCUACGUGGUCAUGUGGAAGCAGACAGAACAGACCUACUGGCAGGCCACACCUUUCCGGGCAGUGGCCCAGCCUGGGCUGCAGCUCAAGGCAGUGACAUCAGUAUCUGGCCCAGGUGAGCACCUGCGAAAUGCCCUGUGGCAUACAGGCCACACCCCAGAUCAGGUACGACUGCUGUGGACAGAUCCACGAAACGUGGGCUGGCGUGACAAGACCUCUUAUCGCUGGCAGCUGUUGCACCGGCCUCAAGUUGGCUACAUUCGGGUGAAGCUCUAUGAGGGUCCCCAGCUAGUGGCGGAUUCUGGGGUGAUCAUUGACACAUCCAUGCGCGGGGGGCGUCUUGGAGUAUUCUGCUUCUCCCAAGAAAACAUCAUUUGGUCCAAUCUCCAGUAUCGAUGCAAUGACACAGUGCCUGAGGAUUUUGAGCCCUUCCGGAGGCAGUUGCUCCAGGGAAGGGUGUGAGGUGAUGCCCCACCAGAUCUGGAAUCCUGAUCUGACCCUUUGGCCUUUGGGGUCCAUUCAGGAAACUCUGAGGUCUAAACUACAGCCCCUCAGCCAAACGGAGGAUUCUGCGGCAUCCGUAAGGAGCCCCAGAGGGGUAGUGACCCCAUUGUGCAGGGUUUGGAGGAUCUGAAGGGGUAAUACUCAGGUACUAACCCCAGGAAACACACCGCACAUUGCCAUAAAAUUCCAGUUUUCUAA